CGCUUGAGUGGAUAUCACGUCUCGCUCGCCAUAAAAACACGCGUAUGCCGCGUAACUGAAAAAUUCAACGUAUGAAUUAAAACCUAUAAACCAUCACAUAAAACUAAGUGAAAAACAUAUUCUUUGUUCAGUGUUAGUGAUUGGCGGAAUAUUGUAGUGAAAGUGUGCUUGUGAACGUCUUAAAAGCUCUUUCGGGCGGGAUUUAUGUAGAAUGGCGUGGUGGAUGAGCGCGGGGUGAGGUGAGGCGCGAGACGGGGCGCGAUGAGCGCUCCAGAGCCUUUAGUGCUUCAAGCGCUGCAGGGCUACACCGAGCAAAGCGACAAGUGGCCCGGGCCUAGGGUCGUCAAGAUAUACGUCGCUUCCGUUUACAAUGAUUUUCGGGAGGAAAGACGCCAAGUCCUCGAGUUGGUGGGCCCAGAGCUGCAGUCCACGUACGAUGACCGACAUAUCGAGUUUGAGUUCGUGGACAUGCACUACGGGACGGACGGCGGGGACGAGACGAAUCCGGCGCUGCUUCGACACCAUCUGGAUGAAAUACGAUGCUGCAACCGGACGUCGAAGGCCGGAUACUUUCUGUGUUUUAUCGGCGGUGAGGGGUCCGCUUACCAACCAGUCCUACCAUUCAAGAUACCUGAAGAAACGUUCGAACAGAUGGUGAAGUCGGAAUCAGCCCAAACAGCACUCCUCCGCGCGUGUUACCGACUCAACGGCGACGGUACUUACCACUUGGAAGGCGAUGAGAAAUGGUACAGCGAUUUGCUCGAGCGGGAUGAACAGCGGAAAAAGCUUUUAACAGUGCAGAAAGUAUUCAACUCUCUCGCGUUAGAGGUUCUGGAGGCGGGUGCUGAUGUGACUGAUCUACUGCGGAGUCCUUUGGAGAUUCAGUGUGAGACUGCUCUUGAUUUGUUGAAAAAUGGAAAACAUUCGAAGGGUGUGAUUGUUGUGUUCCGAGACAUUCCAGAUUUGGAGGCGGACGACUCCAAACUAACGGCAUUAGUGCACGAAAGAUUAAAAAAGUUAAGGAAAAAGUUGGAAGACAUUUUACCAGAAGCUCAUAUUAUUAGAUUAGAAGCAACAUCAGCGGACUCGUCGCGCGCGGACGCGUCAGACAACGAGGAGAAGCUGUCGCCCUUCAGGGAGCAGGUGCAAGCGGCGGUGUCGACGCUGGUGGACGACAGCCUCAGCACCGAGCCCGACCAGGGCAAGGGCAGGAAAAAGACUGUACAGGAAGUAUUUUUGGAACACAUCACUCACCUUAGAAUAUGUAUAGAACAUAAUAGUCUUUAUAAUGUAAAUGUUAAGAAAAUCGAAGACGCAGCUAGAGAUAUAUUAGAUAACGCCAAAGAGAACUACGAGAAUAGAUGCCGGCAUCCCCCGGUGCUGAUAUACGGGCCCGACGCCUCGGGAAAAACUACAUUGUUGACGCAUCUUUAUUACAAAUGCGAGGAAAUAUUCCCGAAGCCAGUAUUGAGGAUAAUUCGCUUCUCAGCUGCGACGCCGAGGUCGGCAUACAAUUUAGAACUGUUGAGGGUGAUGUGCCAACAGAUAUCCAUUAUCUUGAACAUUCCAGAAGGCUAUCUACCGAAAGACGCGAGCUUCGAUCCACUGUACAUAAACAAUUGGUUCCAAAGCUUGCUCAAAAGAUGCGAAGAAAUGAAAGACGAGAUUUUAUUAAUAUUCAUCGACAAUGUCCACAGAGUGAAUCCGUUAGAAUGCGACAUUGUGACCGGCCUAUCUUGGUUGCCGAUGUCUUUGCCUAGAAACGUUUUUCUAUUUUGUACGAGCGCAGUGUCAUUAGAGCAACUGCAACUGACCCCGGCACAAAAGGAAAAGUUCAAAGUUCAGAAUUGUUACUACUUGUUGGACGCGAUAGAGGAGUCACCUGAAAAUAAUAGCUCCGGCGAUAACAUAGAUGGGGUAUUCGAUAACUUGGAAGUCGUGUUCGGUUCAAAAUCGUUUAGUAAAUUGGCUGGUUACAUAACUUGUUCGGAGUUCGGUCUUACGGAAUUCGAAUUGCUGGAACUUUUGAUGCCGACUAGCAACAGCGACGCAGUUAUUACACUGAAGGAUGCCAACUUCAACUUUUCCACUUUAUGUGUCGCUAAAUAUAUGAUGAAAACAAUAAUAGUGGAGAACGUAGUCUCUGGUCGCACAACAUGGCGGUGGCGCGCGGCGGCUGCGAGCGCGCGAGCCAGGCGGCGCUACGUGAGAGUGCAAAGCGCAUUGCGGGACGCGCACUCCGACCUCGCUGCACUGCACUUCGCCAACUUCCUCAACGACGCCGACGAUACUGACACAUCCGAGACGCAUGAGCCUGGUUGUGUAGACGAUGACGAUGCUCUACUGGACUCUACGCCAUUCCACUCGGCCAGUAGGACGGCCGCUGCGUUCACUCAGAGGCAUGUAGAAGAGUCGUGGCUACACCUACUGCUGGCUGGGGACUUCUCCAAACUGAAGGACUUGACCGUCUGCAACUUUGACUUCUUGCUCGCUGCUGUACAGACGGUGACGAUAUCGUAUCUCCGCUGCAUCCUGGAGCACGUCCGGUGCUACAUCCUGGACCGCGAUGUGGAGCUCGUGUAUGGCGCCGUCCGGAAAUCCAGCGACAUCCUGACGAGGGAUCCGAUGCAAUUGGGUGCUCAGAUAAUAGCCUGGCUGCGGCCGGCGGUGGCCCGGAGAGGCGUGCUGGCGACGUUGGUGACUGCAGCUAUGGCGUGGUGCGACGGAUAUGACAAGCCUCUCUUGGUGCCACUUAACGGCUGGCUCCACCCCCCGAUAGCGUCCACAGUGCGGGUCGUGUCGGUGGGGGGGUCGACGCCGGGCGCAGGGGUGCGCCUGCUGCAGCUGGCGCCGUCGGGGCAGCACCUGGUGCUGGCGCCCUCUGCCGGCGACCCGCAGCUCUGGCACGUCAUGUCCAACUCUAAAGUACACACUUUCAAAGGUCACUCUGGGCGGAUACUGUGUAUGUGCGUCACCAGAGAAUCUCAGUAUCUCUUAACUGGCUCUGAGGACACCAGUGUCAUUGUAUGGGACCUACACACCUUGGCUGUCAAGACGAAAAUUCUAGAGCACAUAGCACCAGUACUGUGUGUGGCAGCAAUUGUGAAUCGGUCGUUGGUCAUCAGUGGAGGAGAGGACUCUGCGGUUAUUGUUACGUCACUAGUUGAUGGUGCAUUGGUAACAAAGCUCGACCAUCACCGUGGUCCUGUCACGACGAUAAAAGUGAUCCAAGAUGGCGACAUAUUGGUGACGUGUUCCCAAGAUGGCACCGUUUGCACGUGGAAUGUCGACAGCUUCACACUGCUCAGCACGGUGUCGACCGGCGUUCCGAUCCACGCUAUGGAAGUCACCGAGGACAAUGUAUUCCUGGUCACGCUUCAAGGGGAAAACGAACUGCACAUACGUACUUUCAUUACUGGCACGCAUUUACAUGUACUGAAGAGGCAUAAGGCUAAGAUAAAGUGUUUCUGCGUUGGCCACGAUUCGUCAAGGGUCUCGGUUGGGUGCGCUGACCAACGUAUCUACAUCUACAGCUUGCACACUGCCCAACUGCUGCGUACGCUGGCAGUUGCUCACGAUCUCGCUGCUCUCGCUAUUGCUGACAAAGACCACUUCCUUUUAGCUGCUGGUGGCAACAGAGUGACAAUAUAUUCGUUCCACACAGAGGACAACUUAACCAACUUCAGGCCUACGAAACAGUUGAAGCGACGACAGACAAAGUCUACAACAAACAUUACAUUAUUGCAAGCAGAACAGAGCGAGCUUAUCCCAAUAAGCUGUUUGGAAGUGUCCCGGGACGGUCAGUUAGCGGCGAGCGGUUGUGCGCGCGGUUUGGUGCGUGUUUGGCAAUUGUCCACACAUCGGCUACAAACCACGUUGAACGGACAUUUGGGCCACAUCACAUGUGUAACGUUCAGCCCGAAUAAUUUGCUCGUACUAAGCGGUUCGGAGGAUCGCACUGUUGUUGUGUGGCAACUUGCAGAUAACUCGUCUUCAUUGACUUACAAGGGUCACCAGUCGGCGUUACAAACUUUACUGAUGAUGUCGGACGGUCGCCGGGCCAUGUCCGGGGACCGUGGCAGGAACGUGCACGUUUGGCUCGUCGACUCCGGCAUCGUGCUUCAUUCUGCGACUUGCCCCACUACCAGUGUAGAUGUUACUCUCAAUAUGAAGUUUGCGGUAUUAUCUGAUGGUGACAAUUCAGUGCGGAUCUGGGCGUUGGCUGAAGGCGACAGCGGGGAAGAAAAGCGCUCAGUCUCUCACGCAGAGCGAGUGACAUGUUUCGCGUUGACGGCUGACUCGCAGCACGUUGUAACUGGCUCCAUGGAUAUGUCCUUGAAAGUUUGGCAACUGGACGGUGGGAAAUUGUCACAGGUUUUAGUGGGUCACUCAGACAUAGUGACCUGCGUUGCCGUAUCCAUAACGAAUAAGACGCAAGUGGUGUCUGGAUCAUGGGACUAUAAUCUGAUUGUGUGGGACAUUAACACCGGCUCCGACGUGCAUCUGCUGUCGGGGCAUUUGGGCAAAGUCACGUGUGUUAAGGUCACCGGUGAUGGAUCGAUUGCUGUUUCGGGCGCAGAGGACAAGACACUAAUAAUCUGGGAGACGAAGCGUGGCUUGGCGCUGACGUCACUGGCUCUCCACGUGCCUUUGUCGGGCUUUCAGAUCACCAGCGACUGCGCGCGCAUCGUCAUACAUCUGAUGGACCGAGGUUGCUUGCCGAUCAUAUGCCUACACAACACCCCCGCAACCUACGUCAAAAUACCUACCUACGCGGCGCCGACCAAGGACGUUGAUGAGUUACGGCCGUUAGCUCCAAAGCGACCAAUGAGAAGGUUACUCAAGAAAGAAGUCUCCUUGGACACGUACACGUGGCAGAAGAAAUACGGACAUCUCACCUCGGCAGCCAUGAUGGCACAAGUGGACGAAAGACUGAAAAGACGAUUCUCCGUAUCAGCAUCAAUGGAAGAGAUAUCCAAGAUACAGGAAGCGAAAAAUAAAGACUUGGGCUCUCAGGUAAGCCUGGGUCCUGAACAAGCAGCUAUAGCACAAUCUCAACACUUCGAUCAGUUAGAAGCAUUGUGGAAUAAAAUAUCACCUCCGCGACGCCGCUCGAAUAAGUCGUUAUCAAAACAAAGCUCACUCAUCGAGAGGGUUGACUCAUCUGACGAAGAUCACACCCCAGUGGAAGAACAAGAACAUAUGGUGGAGUAAUGUUAAACCAAAUCGAAUUAGCGUAAAUAACUUUAAUGAGCUGGUCUCGAUUUAUUUGCCAAUUCAUUAAUUAACUUUGUUGUAUGAAUUGGAUUACUUAAUAUAAUUUGUUGUAUAGCUGUUCUAUUGAAAUAAAUUAAUAUUGUUUACCAAUUAUUAUUAAUUAAGCUACAAAUAAAUCGAAUUUUUUGCUAUAUUAUUUUAGAGUUUGUUGAUAUAAAAUUAUUGUGUUUAAAUAGUAACAGAUUAUAUUGAAUAUUAACUAAAAUAUGAUAUUUACUUGAAUUGAUUCUUCUUGAUUGAUUCUUCUCGAUAUUUCAUUUUUAUGUAUGUUAACUUAUUAUGUACGUUAACAUACAUAAACGAAUCUUAAUCCUUAGCAUUAAACUUGAAAAGUUAAGAGCGCGUGCAAUAAAGCACAAAGUUUUUCUUUUAAAGCCAAAAUCAUAUAUCCGAGUUGUAUUUAUUAUCUAUACAUACUUUAUAACUUUGCUUUUUUAAACUUAUAAUAAUUUUGUGCCAUAUUUUUAUUGUUACCAAUUCCAUAAUUUUGUCCAUUUUCUAUUUCUAUUUACUUUGCUUUUCCAAAUUUCUAAUAAUAAUUGUGUGCCAUAUUUUUAUUUUUACCAUUUUCAAUAUUUUCUCCGUUUUCUAUUUCUGUAGCUUCUUUUCUAUAUUUUUUUAUAUUGUCUUUAUCUUUGCAACAAAACUUUUUGUAAAUUAUUGUCGAAAUACUUUCCCUAAUGUCUUUAUAUUAUUAAAGUUCGUAUCUGUUUCUGCUUUAUGGCGUGUAAUAUUUAAAAUAAGAUUAUAAGUCAUUUAGAGUAGGUAUCUAAGUAAUUCUAGACUUCCAAGCCUCUAUGCAAUGUGAUCUUGUAGUUUUAGCUUAGUUUUCAGACCAGUUUCAAAUACUUGUAUCUAUCAAUUUCAUGACUUGAUACUCGUAAAAUAGAUUUAACUUCAUAUUAAGAAUAUUAAGUCUCUUUUAUAUCAUCUUAUCCAGCAGCAUAUUUCCAAGUUACCGUUCUUCUGUUUUUCAUUCAAGAAGGAAUGAAAACUGUCUAACUGUUAACAUGUUUCUUGUCUAUUAUUUUAGUGUCCAGGUAUAAACUACUCUAGAAAGAUAGUAUUUACGCAAAAAUAAAUGUUGUGCAUUUUUAUAAUCCGACGGAAUUUCAAUUUGGCACGAACGGAGAGAGAUGUAUCCCGCACAGUAGGUAACAAAUUAUUAAAAGUGCGUUCUAUGAAUGUUGAACAUCUAGAGGCCAAUCUGCGACAGUGAAGACGAGGUCCUCGUCUCACAUUUCCCGAACGUAUAUUCUAACCACGAUAUCGCCCGUGGCUUGGCUAUCAAAUUAUGAACUUUCAUUAUAUUCACUUCCUUCAAAUUCAAAUUAUUAGUUUGCAUCAAAGCAUGUGUACAAUAUGUCAACAAUUUAAGAUUAGGUAGAUUAAAGUUAAGUUAAAACAAUACAGCAGUGACUCGGUAAGUAGCCGGCAAGGAAGCGUACACUGAGAAAAUUUUCCUGGAGCGGCAUACGUAAAAUACGUAGCAAACCAGAAAACACAGACGCUUGUAGCCGGCACCAUGUUGCAUACUGGUACGGGUCAAGUAAUACAAUACACCAAUAGUGAACCUAUCGGGGAUAAUUUUACAGAAGUUUUUACGUUUAAACUUACUGUUCUUAUGCUACACCAUACGAGUAUCAUGUGAACGCGAAGUUUUGAAGUUGGUCGUAAUUCCUAAAAAAUAAACGCAUUUUCAUGCUAAUGUUUAGAUUAGGUUCAUAAUGUAAUUAAGUUAGUUGUAUUGAUAAGAUUAAUUAGAAUAGAUUCCAGUUGUAGCCACUAAUCCUGACAAACACAAAAGUUGCUGAAAAUUAAGGUUUAUUAAGCUUGUCUUGGAUUUUAAAAGUUGUAUGAAUACAAAAAGGCCAACACGGCUAAUGGAGAGUAAUUUUAAAGACCUUACGCAUUAGCUUUAUUCUAUUGUCGUUCGUCGAAAGUGUACACUUCAGCACACGACUACAACAUAACUAGUAUCACUAACGUAAAAUUAAAUACAUGAUAUGCCUUGAAAGCAUCCUUUACAAUAUAUUCUCAACGCAUCAUGUUAAAUGACGAUGUAGUCUAAAUCUCAAUUUACAAUACUGCGGAAUCUAUGGCAAAUGGAAGCAUUAAUUCAUUCAUUCUUCAUUGCGUGAAAAGGCGCGUUUAUUCGCGGGAAUGCUUGAUAAUGCUCGAGAAUUUCGCUUCCCUUUCGCUUGGCACCGUACUGCCGACCGACCGAUCAUCACACCGUUUUCCGUGAAUGACUUAGACGUCACUGAUAGUAAUGACGUCACUGGUAAUUGGAAAUCUCGAAAAUUCGCGAGGAUUUCCCGGAAGACACACGAAUUAUUUUUUGACCCGAACUACUUAGUUUUUAUGUUGUACAUUGACAUAGGUACUCGUAAAGUCUUUGAUACUUUGUACAAAAAAUUCGUUUCCAUUGCAUUCCACGGCAGUCAAAACAAUACUCCGUUGUAUUUGUUAUGUGUUGAUGAGGAAAUGCAAAUUUAAGCUAAGAUGGUUAGUUUUACGAGUUAUUCUACCCAUACUCCUGAAUGUUGUCUUCGCGAAAUCAUAUGGAUGUUGUCGUGUAGUCUGUUGGCACACUUUCGUCUAAAGUUCACAUUAGAAAAACUAAUGUGCAGGGGCUCUUACAUGAAGCUCGACAGACAAAGCUUAAAUUACAUUUUUGUCAGAAAAAUAGGUGUUUUGCAGUAUUUACUUGUGUCUGACAGAUGUGGAUUUUGAAAAGUCGUAUCGUAGCUAAAUGUUAUUUUAAAGUGUCAUAAUUGCAAAAUUCAAAAUUUCUAUAAUAUUGAACAGUUUUUUAAAAAUCCGUUCAAUGCGGAUCAGUGGACGCACUUGUAUGACUUUCUAUACAAAGAAUACUAAAAUCCGUUUGAUGCGAUGCUUCCGAUAUACGAUUCGGAUCUGUGAACAUCUGCCUUAAACUAUCAUUAUUGACUAUUUUGAGAUACCAGACUAUACGUGUAACAGCCAAAACUAAAUAUUUAACUACCUAGCCACUUGAAAUUCUUAUUAUUAUUGUAAUUUCACGCAUUUUUUUCUAAUUUCACCAGCUUUUUUUAAUAAAUUGAAAGAAGUACUAAACUUUAUGAUAAGCUUAAAUAAUAAUUAAUCUCCCCGAUCAUCGUAUCGAACUAGUUUUCCAAACUGUGAUCCCUUAUAAAGACUUUUUAUUAAGUACAUUUAAAAUGAAAUAAUGUUAGAGUACAUUAAUUCUAGUGAACACCUAGUCUAUAGUUAUUAAUAUUUACACUAAUAAAUAAAAUGUCUUUUACAAUAAUAUUAAUUACUUAAUUUCAAAACAUUUUUCUUUAAAUUUAUUAUUAUACAUCCUCGUUUAUGUAAAUAUGAUAAUUUAAUAUUUCUCCUUGGAUCGAUUAUUUAAGAAUUAUACACAAUUGUGAAGAAACUCAUAAUUUAUAAAAAAUACAGUGUGUUGAACAAACAGCAAAUGUAAGCACAUUUUGUAGUCAACACACACUUACAUAUUUAAUUUUAGUAAUUAAAAUUACUAAAAUUACACACACACUUACAUAUUUAAUUUUAGUAUUUAAUACCGAUCUAGAAUCGGUAUUUAUUAUUCUGUAACGCUAUUUUUGUAACUCGAAAUUAUGAGCUUAGGAUUUAAUUCUACAUCACUAUAAUAAAAACGAGAGUAAAUUGGAGGCUCACAGUUUCAAAUUUUAAAAAUUUCCUUAGAGAAAAGCGCUACAGAAUAAUUUCGAAAUGUUCGAGUAACUAUAAAUUAUUAUUUAUUUGAAAUACGCAAUGAAGGACAAAAACAACCAUGAUAAAGCUCUAAAUAUGCAUCAAAUAUUUUUAAAACUCUUUACAUAUUGCUAUUUUCUAGUAUAAAAUAUUUUACACCAAGAUGUUUUGAAUACCGUUUUUGUUUAAUAAUUAUAUUAUUUAUAUAACGGUAUGUUUUAUUAUUGAAAAGUUAUUUUUGACAGUCGAUAUUUUAUAACUAUUGUUGGUACUCAACUGAUUUAGCUAUUUGAAAUAUUUUAAUGAUUUUGAUAAAGUUAGUUUUCAUCUAAAUUACUUAAAUUUGAAAUUAGAUGUUAUUAAUUAGAAAAUGCAAUAAUAUCUUAUAGGUAGUUGCACUUAUUUGUAGAUAUUUAAGCUAGAUCUUAAAAUUAUAUUUUUAAUUUGUUCUAUAAAUUUAUUGUAGCAAUGUAUCUGAUUUAUCUCUUAAGAACUCUCCCGGGAUAUCGGCAGAUCGCUUUAGCUAUUGAAAUCCUUAUUGAAUCUCAUGUCCCCUGUUAUGGAAGCGUUAGCUUUAGUAUUUUCAAAUUCAAAAUUAUUAAAUAAAGAUACAAUUCUCGAUAUUCCAUCUAACUUGUUCGUUUGUUUUUAUAUACAGAAAUUACACAAAAACUAUACAAAAAUGCCAAAGGACAUAUUUAAUAUACGUUCGUAUCAUAUUUAAUACACACACAUAUAUAUAUAUAUAUAUAUAUAUAUGUUGUUUUGUAACAGUGAUAAAAAAUGUUUCAAUAAUUGCAAUAUCACGGAAAUAAAACUAAAACAAAGUAGAAUUGCAUGAGGCCGUAAGAAGAUAAUGGAAAAACAAUGAAAUUUAAAUAAAGAAGUGCCAUUAAAAUCUAAAGUUGUCUGUCGAUUCUAUACUAAACUUGCAUUGGAUUCAGAUUUAACUUUCAUUUUAUCUACAUGAUAAUGGUUUAUUUUUAUUAAAACCACCAUAGAUAAUAUUAUAUGUAACAGUUUUACUGUAGACCGUCGUACGUUACACUGUAAACUCUAUAAUCUUGCCUUUAGUAAGCUAAUUUUAUAAACCUCAAGGCAGAGUGCACACAUUAGAGUAUCGCAUGCGGUUACCGCUACUACAUUGUCGAAUAAUCGUAAUCCGUAAUCUUUUGAAACGAGUACAAUAUUAUGCAUUUAUGUUACCGUUCUAAAACACCUUUGACACCCUUGUGACGAAAGUCAUCAUUAUCAUCAUCAACGUGAUUUUAUAAGAUCACUGCAAGACACUCCUCCUCUCUUCAAUAUUAAAGGGGGUUCAGGCAGUUAGAUUCACCACGCGACGCUAAAAUUAAAAUAGUUUAUUUUCUUAAUUCUUAUGUAGAUCGACACGUUCUGGGGAUUAUUUUUAACACUGUAAAGACCACUAUCAAAAUAUAAAGAUAGAAGACCAACCAGAAUACGCUUAAGAGAAAUAAGGUUAUUAGAACCUCAUGAUCCGAAAGUCUAGAUCCAAGUCUAAACCUUCAUCCGAAAGUCUAGGUCCAAGUCUAAAUCGCGUUGUAGAGUUAAUCAGAUCGAUGCAAUAAACGUCUCGCUUGUUUGUUAAAAACUUAUAAAGUUUCUGUUCGCUAUAAAUUUCCGAUUUACCUAUGAAUAUUUUAGAUGGAACUAACAGAUUAUCUCGCCAUUAUUCACGGUUCAUUGAAACAAAACAUAAUAAAUGUUGGAAUUCAAAGGCACAUUAUACAUUUUAAGUUUAUGUUUUCAAAAUAUAAUCAAAGAAAUUGAAAGAAAUUUUGAUGAUGCUCCCCAAAAUGUUUGGUUUUCUAUAUCCAUGAGUAUUUUUAAUAAAAAUUCUAGAUCUGAAGAACUUUUCUAAUUCUAUUAGUACUGAAAAAAGACAGAAGUGAAGGAUUUUCACACAUCACAUUGUUUAUUGUGCCAGCUGCAAAUUAGCGAUAUAUGCUUGGCUCAAACAGCAUACUGCGAGUGGUUCUUGGUGCUUUUGCUUAUUAGGUUCUGCAGCGUUAUUAUGUAUUUCGAUAGACCAUUCAAAUAAUGAGUCACUGCAUCAUUUUUCAUCGUAUUUUCGUCUUUGUGAUCAUCUAACAUAGUUAUUUUAAGUGGCAGUGGUUUUUUGUUAUUUCGACCAUUUAACAUGAAUAUUUCAACUAAAUUACGUAAAUACCGGUUUUUCGUUAAAAUAACGUUCGUAAACUAAUGCCACUUUUUGUAAAAUGGCGAUAAUUAUGUAAUUUAUUUGAAAACACAUUAUUAGAUGAUUUUUAUUUAAGUGAGAAUAGUAAUAGUUCUUCUUCUAGUGCCUCUCCGACUAGCGUAAGUUGGUUUGUUAGAUGAUUGCAAAACAAAACUACGAUGUAAAACGACAUAGUGACCCAUUAUUUGGAUGGCACACCGAGAUACAUAAUAACCCUGCUGGUGUUGACAUGCCCAAGUGGUGAAGGCAAAAGAAACCAUAUUGGAGCUAAGUUGGCAAUGUAUUGUGUGGCGCAGCUUUCAUUUCCUCUACUUAUAUCCCAGCCCGUGGAAUAGUUACAACCGCACGCGGUAAACUGAUGUAUGCACUCCACCUUAUCUCUGGCGUAAGGUCACGUUUACACUAAGUACGCAAUAAAUUGUAUCGUAAUGUUAGACACUCACCUUGUUAACUAUUUGUAUAGAGUUUUAUAUAUUCGUGGUUUCCUAUUCCUCACUUGAAGUGAAGUGAGUUUUAUUUUGGACCUGUCGUGAUGUUAUAUCUGAAAUAUAUUCUCUGUGUUUCUUA